AAGAUGGUGAGAGGGAAAAAGGUAAGAAGAUCUUUAUGCAGAGGUGUGCACAGUGUCACACUGUUGAAUUAAACGGCAAGCACAAAACUGGACCCAAUCUAAAUGGCCUCUUCGGCCGCCAAACUGGUCAGGCUUCUGGCUAUAUUUACACUUAUGCCAACAAGGUCAAGAGUAUCACGUGGGACAAAGAUAAUCUGGAUAUCUACUUGACCAACCCCAAGAAAUUUAUUCCAGGCACAAAGAUGGUGUUCGUUGGUCUUAAGAAGAAGAAUGAGCGUGCAGACUUGAUUGCUUACCUGGAAACCUCCACCAAGUAG